AUGAUGGCGGCUGCUCGCUGCUCCUCACGCUGGAUCUCGGUGCUCCUGUCCUCUGGCCGCCGCCGGGGGGCCUCCGGGGCCGCAGCGGGGGGCUCCGGGCCUGGAGGGGUCCGCGGGGUCUCCACCGGGGGUGCGGGUACAGUGUGGCGGGCGGGCGGCGUGGCGUGCUGCGCUGCGGGGAGAGCCGUGACAUUGAGAGGGCUGUCAGGUCUCAAACCCCCCCAUGCAGGUUGCACACACUACUUUCACACGAGUUCUCCUGCGAGCAGCAAGACGGACUUCUACCAGAUCCUGGAGGUUCCUCGCACAGCAACCCAGAAAGAGAUCAAGAAAGCCUACUACCAGAUGGCCAAGAAGUAUCACCCUGACACCAACAAAGAAGACCCCCAAGCCAAGGAGAAAUUUGCUCAGCUGGCUGAAGCUUACGAGAUCCUCAGUGAUGAAACCAAGAGGAAGCAGUACGACACGUACGGCUCAGCCGGCUUUGACGCUGGUCAGGCCGGUGGAGGGCAGCAAUACUGGAGUGGACAGACCGGCAACGUGAAUCCAGAGGAGCUCUUCCGCAAGAUCUUUGGGGAAUUCUCAGGAGGACGAGGGUUUGGUGACUUCAAUGCCAUGUUCGAUCAGCCACAGGAGUACAUCAUGGAGCUGACCUUCACUCAGGCAGCGAAGGGAGUCAACAAAGAGAUAUCCCUUCAAAUGGAAGCAGCCUGUCAGCGCUGUGACGGAAAGGGCCACGAACCGGGCACCAAGGUCCAGCACUGCCACUACUGCAACGGCUCCGGCAUGGAGACAGUGAACACGGGUCCGUUUGUGAUGCGCUCCGCAUGUCGCCGCUGUGGAGGCAAAGGCUCAGUGAUCUCCACUCCCUGUCACUCCUGCCGUGGGGCCGGACAGACCAAGCAGAAGCAGACUGUGACAGUCCCUGUGCCUGCAGGAGUGGAGAAUGGUCAGACUGUCAGAAUGCCAGUUGCUAAGAAGGAGAUCUUCAUCACGUUUCGGGUCCAGAAAAGUCCAGUGUUCAGGAGGGACGGUGCCGACCUUCACUCUGACCUUUUUAUCUCGGUGGCACAAGCCGUUUUGGGCGGCACGGCCAAGACACAGGGCCUUUAUGAAACGCUCAACUUAUCAAUCCCUGCAGGAAUCCAGACAGACCAGAAGAUCCGACUUGCAGGGAAAGGAAUCGCCCGUGUCACCGGCUACGGCUACGGUGAACACUAUGUCCAUGUCAAAAUAAAAGUACCCAAGACACUGACAGACAGACAGCGAGCUCUGCUGAUGAGCUAUGCUGAGGACGAGACAGAUGUGGAGGGGACGGUGAGCGGCGUCACUAACACCACUACAGGUAAAAGAUCCUGGAAUUGAGAGACUCCACCUGCAGGUCAGCGGGCGGAGAGGAUGACGACAGUGUAAAGCAAAGACAGACACAUCACAGAAAAGGGGACAGAGGCUUGAGAAGCUGUGGGUGGUGGAUGAGGACUAUGAGGGUUCUGGAUGGAUCAGUAGGGACCCACCUAUCACACCCUGCAGUGGAUAAACAAGAGGAUUACCUUCUCUUGUUAUCUGCCCAGGUGAUCCUCCCACGAGGGGAUGAAGCAGCCACUCACCUCUCUGUCCAAUGUCCACGGAGGAUACUUUGAUUACAAAGACUGGCCAUUUACAAUACGAGUGUGCGUGUGGGUUUUCUGCUUCCGUUACAGAAUCCAUGUGCACAAAAAAAUAAUUAUUGUAUUGACAAAGAAUAAGAAUAGUCAAACGUUUUUAUUUGGGAUCAAAUCUCCCUGAUGCCUUUGUCCAUCCGUAUGUUUUUCUUGUGUUUUCACCCAUGUUCACUUUAAUUCUCAGCAAUGUCACACAUCGCAGGGCCAAUGUCGUCAGACUACAUGUUUUACUUCUGUGUUUUAAGUGUUGGACAGUGUGGGAGUGUCUCCAUUUCUCACCCUCUCUGAUGUAGGAUUAAAAAAUGGAAAUGUCAUUUUCCUGACACUCAC